UGUUCUCACAUAAGGAAUGAGGUGUCAUAUGAUCCCAUUAUAUAUAUAUAUAACCAGGUUAUAACGAAAACAACCCGAAUAACAGAAACUAAGAACUCAUGAGGAUCGUCAGAUCUAACAAGAAACGCGCCUCAAUGAAUGCCCAUGAUCUAAACGGAACCGCGCUCAAGCAAUUUCUCUCUCCUUCGCCAUUUUCCCUCUCUUCAAGCUUUCUCUCUCCUCAAGCGCUCUCUCUCAUCUGCAAACUGGAUCACCGCCAUUAAUCUCUUUCCUCAAGCAUUAUUUCACUCCACAAACUGGAAAACCUCCAUUAAAUGCAGAAUCGAUGUCUAAAACAGAGGCUGGCCAUGCCUAAGUGGAUGCUCUUAUGCCCAAAUAUGAUCCUGUAGCCAAAAUUUCAAUCAUUCCUCGAGGCCAAGCGGGUGGUAUGACACCAUUUGUCCCAAGUGAAGAAAGGCUGGAUCAGGCCUUUACAUCAGAACCUAUUCUCGAAAAUCAGAUGGUCGUUGCUCUUGGUGGCAGGGUAGCUGAAGAGGUUAUAUUCGAUGAAGACUAUGUUACGAAAUGUUUCAUCCAUCAAAUGAUAUGGCAUGGUAGACCAGCCACCUCACUAGCAAGCUUAUUCCUAAUCUCUUUAUGGAUGACAUACAGGUAAUUCAUCACAAUCCCUUCUUUAAUAUUUGUGUCAAUAUAUGUACAUGAGUAUACGACUGUUGUUUAGUACGAGUAAUAUUGUUAUUGUUAAUUUGAAUCAUAAUUUUUCCCUAAACCUUGUUUCCUAAACACUAGCAAUUGUCAAAUUUCAUAGAACGAUCAUAAUCCUAAGGAGAGAUUGUUAUAUACACCCGGGUAUACCGUAUACCCAACCAACCCAAGGUUAAUUUUUACUUUCCAUUCGAUGAUUAAAUGAAAAACAAUCAUCAAAAUGAGAGCAAAUAGUCAUGGAUGUACGGUACACCCGGGUGUAUAGAACAAUUUCUAAAUCCUAAGUGGUCUCUAAAGUAAAUUAGAAAGAGUCUAAAGUGAAUAAAAAAGACUUUAAAGUAAACCUAUUAGCUCAAGUGGUAGAGCACUAUGCGGAUGCAUAGAGGUGUAGGUUCGAUUCCUACAUAGGAUAUCUCUAAAAAUAAAUAUAAAACACACUAAAGUAAAUCAAAAUAUCUCAAAAGUAAAUUAAAAUAGCUAAAAAGUAAUGUAAAAUAACUAAAAAGUAAAUCAAACUAGCUUA